CCUUAAAACACACCAGAAGGUGCAUAAAGGAAUUAAACCUACUAGUGUUAAAGAGGUUGAGAAUCACUCCCCUGCAUCUGAGGACGCUCAACCAUCAGUGGAGAUAUCAUUUUGUCAUUUAUGUUGGACACAAUUUUCAGAAAAAAAAUUAUAUGAAGAUCACAUGAAGGUCCACGAGUCCAAAAAACCAUACGCCUGCACAGUAUGUGGCAAGAGAUUCCUGACGGACCAAAAAUUAAAAGAACAUGAAGGUGGACAUGAGGGCCCCAAGCCUUACCAGUGCUUGCAGUGUGAUAAAGGUUUCCAAACACCGAAAGGACUUGAGAACCACAUGAGAGAUCACACAGGGGAGAAACCUUUCUCAUGCAAAAUAUGUGGAAAGUGUUUCAAGCAGGCAUCUACUCUGAGAGCACACUAUGUAACACAUUCUAGAGAAAGGCCUCACCUCUGCUCCAUAUGUGGGAAAUGUUAUGCCAGAGCAGAAGAACUUAAAGUCCACUUAAGGGUUCAUACUGGAGAGAAGCCUUACCAGUGUGACGUAUGUGGCAAAAGUUUCUACUACAGACAGGGUUUUAACAAUCAUAAAAAGACCCACAAUGCCAAGCCAAUAGGACCCACCAGGCAAUUAGGCAGACCCAGGCAGCUGAACGGUCCAAAGAAGGCAAACAAGACCAACAGGAUCCGACAACGAGCUUUGACCGACUCAGAUGGAGAAGACCUGACAUGGGACCCUCCCAACCUUGGAAACAGUCCAAGCCAUCACCAUGAUAACCAAGAAAAUCAUGCUGUACAUAACAACCACGUAUCUCAGUGGAACCACUGGGACACACACCCAAACUCAUCUUACUGGAGAGAAACAGAUGACCACCAGCUCUACAAUGCUGUUGCAGGGCCUGGCAUGAGCUUUAAUGCCCAGCACAAGGGGACAACAAACGAUGGGAACCUUCAGGGGAGUUGUUUAAUAGAACAAGCCCCUUGUCCCUCUGAGACCUCCAUGGUUCCACCAACACAACCAUCAGAAUCUGGGUUGGGUGAGCCUCAUCCAAAUAACACCAUAUCACAGAACACACACUUCAGCAACAGAGAUGUUGAGAUGAGUCACCGUGAUGAACAAAGACCCACAGGGCAGGUCCAGGAUCACAGCACAUCACCUACAGGAGAGGCUUGUAGUGGAACACUGGCCGAAGAGGAAACCAACACAUAUGAGCAGCCUCAUGAAAUGAGUUCUGAGGAGCCACAUUCCCAGGGAACAGGCAAACCUAGAAAGACCUAUGAUUGUCCCACAUGUGGAAAAGGGUUUUCUCACAAUGCUGCCCUGCAACGACACCUUGUAAUACACUCAGGAAAAAGGCCUUUCAAGUGCUUGACAUGUGGGAGAGGAUUCACCCAGAGUGGAAACCUCAAAACACACAUGAAGGUUCACAGAGGAGAGAUGCCCAUCGUAGUUCAGGGACAAAGUUCCUCUAAAUCUGAAGAAACCCAGGUAAAAACCCAUGUUUGUGGAGAGUGUGGAAUGGACUUCCCUCAAAAGGAACAGCUCGAGGAACACCACAGGAUCCACAAGAAACCGUAUGCCUGUGCUGACUGCAACAAGAGGUUUAAAAACGAAUAUUAUUUUAAAUUGCAUAAGCGCAUUCAUUCUGGAGACUCCCCCUUUCUGUGUUCAGAGUGUGGAAAAAGAUUUGUCACAGCAGAUGCUCUUAAAAAACAUGAGUUAACACACACUGGAGAGAAGAACUUCCGCUGUGACCUGUGUGGGAGGGCAUUCAUGCAAUCGUCACACCUGAAUGUGCACCUCAAAACGCACACUGGAGAGCGGCACCACCUGUGCUCCAUUUGUGGUAAAAGUUACUCCAAAGCAUGUGACCUGAAAGUCCAUUUGCGCGUUCACAGUGGAGAGAAACCUUAUUCUUGUGAGAAAUGUGGGAAGUGUUUCUAUUAUUCUCAAGGCUACCGAGCACAUCUGAAGACUCACGACAAGAAGCCAAAGCGGCCAACAAAACCAUUGGGUAGACCAAAACAACAACCAGUAGUGGCAAAUGUUUAACGAAACAUUAAUUUGGGAGGUCAUGUCUUAAGAUUUGCAGCUACUUAAGUCAGGUAUAUGGUAAAACAUAAAACUCUUAUAUAUACAGUUUACCAACCUUUCUAUUUGUGAAGUAAUGAUCUUGAAGUAUUUAAGAAACACGUAUAAAAGUAUUCAUAUCUGAUAGAGUAUAGAACACUUACAGCAGAAUCAAUAUUUAAAAGAUAAAUCACAUCAGUAUAAUGAUGUGAUUUCUUUAUAUUGAUGGGUUGAUGAGUCUUCAUAUCCCAUUAUGUUUAUCCUUCUUUUUUUUUCCUUUUUCUAUACAUUUGUGGCAAAGAAUGUAGUUGAAAAUCCAUUUAUAAUUUUAUUUAUCCUGGAUGGGUUAUGUUUCAACUAAAGGUUUUUUGUAUCUUAUUUAUGAUGCAUUACAAUUUAAUCUGCUUGUCGACGAUGGAUGGAUGGCGGAUUUGAAAGAAAAUAAUAUGGAAUUUACGCUGUUGAAAUGUAAUGAUGUAAAUAUUACAUAUAACUCUUAGAGUAGUAUUCACUUCAAUUAUUAUAAAAUCUUAUUUUACCAAAAAUGUGUAUUGUAUUACACACAGCCAGAGGUUAAGUUAAGGGAUCUAACCUGUGAUACUAAUUUGCUUCUUUGCUUUGUCUUGGUUUAGUAAAGAUAUGAUUCUUGCUCUCACUUUGAUAAUAUGCUAUGCUGACAUGCAUUAAAUACAAAGCGUCAGUCAAUGUGGCUAUGUCCAUUACAUAUUGAAUUCUUUGGUUUUUCAUUGAA